AUGUCACUCAAGCAGGAAAUCGAAACAUGGGUCCAGGCUCUGGAGGCCUAUGACAACCAGGAGUUUGAGGAGGCACUGCGACAGUUUGACCAGAUCGCCGAUACCUCGAAGAUCUUUUUCAAUUGUGGCGUGAUAUAUGCGACCCUCGGCGAGCAUGAUAAAGCAGUGGAAUGUUAUCAACGAGCUGUCGGCUUGGAUCGGUACCUCGCCAUUGCUUACUUUCAGCAGGGUGUUUCUAAUUUCCUGCUGGGUGACUUUGAAGAAGCAUUGGCCAAUUUCAACGACACUUUGUUAUAUCUCCGAGGAAACACAUCGAUUGACUAUGAGCAGCUCGGUCUCAUCUUUCGUUUGUAUUCAUGCGAGGUGCUGUUCAAUCGUGGCCUCUGCUAUGUCUAUCUCCGACAGAUGGGCCCUGGGAUGCAAGACCUAGAGUAUGCAGGAAAGGAGAAGGUCACGACAGAUCAUGAGGUGAUCGACGAUGCCAUACGUGAGAACGCAGAGGGGUACACCGUGUUCUCCAUCCCUGUGGGUGUCUUGUAUCGUCCCAAUGCCGCUAAAGUCAAGAAUCUCAAAACCAAGGAUUAUCUGGGCAAGGCCCGACUCGUUGCUGCAUCUGAUCGCACACAAGGUGCAGAAUCUCAAUGGAGACCUAUAGUAAUAGAUAAAACCGCUCUCGAUGAGCGUGAGGGGAUGUCUUUUGCCGCUACCAAUCUGGUCCACAAGAACUUGAGCAGCCGCACUCGUCAACAAUCAGAACCUCCAUUAAACCGCAACGUGUUCCCACCAACCCCGCCACCAGACGACCGAUCAACAAACGGAUCCACAGCAGGAGGAUCACUACACCACCGAUCAUCAUCUCUCCGAGCAGCGCGACCACCUCGACUAGAUCUAGAUCGAACAGGAGCGGGCUUGGAUCGUCGAUCCGGACAACAAGGGAAUGGGCCUCCAGGCCCAGAGAAACCACGAAUCGGUACCACACGGACUGCAUCAGAGCCCCGAGGACCGACAAUUAGGCAUCAGAAUAUGCGAGGCUUCGCCCAAGACUCCAGUCGAGGAAACUGGCCCCGCGACCCGGGAGGACACCGACGCAACCUUAGUGACACCAGUUGUGCGACAGACCCCAACCCCCCCCAGACAGAACCUUACAAUACAUAUUCAACCCCCCAAAGCCUAUCAAAUGCAGGCUGGGGUCGGGGAGGCCGACACCAACCACCACAAUUCAUCGACGAAGAAGAUGAGUACGGCAGCGACGUAUGCGACGGUGAGCCCCUAAACGGCGGAGGCUUCGAGAUAGUAGCAGCUGCUCCAGGAGGGCCCGGGUCGUCCCCUUCACAACAACGACGUACGCGAUCACCAGCGCGGUUCUCACGACGCGCCAACUCACGAAGGCCUGAAGUUCGACGUUUCCGCACCAAGGUACAUGCUCCCGACGAUAUUCGGUAUAUCAUGAUCGGGCCGAUGGUUGAUUUCUCCGAGUUUGAGAAUCGCAUUCGAGAGAAAUUUGGCUUCCAGUGUCCGUUGAAGAUGAAGGUGCAGGAUGAUGGUGACAUGAUUACUAUGGUGGACCAGGAGGAUCUGGAGUUGCUGCUCAGCUCAGCCCGGGAGGUUGCUCAGAGGGAGGGGAGUGAAAUGGGCAAGAUGGAGGUCUGGGUGGAAGAGCGGUCCAUGAUCUAG